AUGGUUUCACUGUGGAUCACCGGGUUGAUGUUGGUUGCCCUCUCUAUCGGCGCUGCCAAUUCAUAUACUUCGGGCAUAGUUUGCCCGACGGGCAGCAUGCUGCAAAACAAUCAAUGCAUACAGCGCCAAACGUACUGUCCGGAUAGGUUCCAACUGGUCGGCUCAAUGUGUGUCGGCCAGAGCGUAUGUCCUCCUGGGUACGUGCUAUCUAAUGGAAUGUGUCAUCGCAUUUCGCAGGACAGUACAGCAUGCAAUAAUAAACAAACUACUACGCCUAGUUGCCCCGUAGGGUACUUGUAUAUCGGUAAUCGCUGCGAACAGAGAGAAGUUCGGGAACCGGAUACUCAAACAAAAACUGCAACCGUUAUUGCCCCGUUCAGUUGCCCGGACAAGGAUCAUAUUUUGAGCCGAGACAAAUGCAUAAUACAUCAUCGCGAGCAAGCAAAAUGCUUUCGUGGUACUUUCCGACUGGGACAAUGUGUGAUCGAAGCAGAUUGCAGAAGCGGAUACACGCUGGACGAUUAUGGCCAGUGUGUUAAAGUGUUGGAAGCACCCACGUCUUGCCCGAACGGGACAGUUUUCACGGAAGGAAUUUGUCAAUAUCCUAACCCUGAGUGUCCAUCCGGCUAUGCUCUCGUCAAUGGACAAUGUGUGCUCGAGCAAACUGCUCCCGUUCGUUGUGAUUCUGGUUCAAGUUUGGUUAACAAUUAUUGCGUUGUAGCUGAGCCAAAAUGUCCCGCAGGAUUUGAGCGUGUGAAGAACCAGUGUGUUCAAACACGACGUGAAGAAGCCAAGUGUCCUAGUGGAAGUGUAAUGCGUAACAGAGUUUGCGUUGCUCAAGACGUGAAAUGCUCAUCGGGUUAUGAAUUCCGUGAUGGCCAUUGUGUAAUAGUGGAAAAAACACCGGCUAGGUGCCCUAUGCAUUCGCAAAUCGACGGUGAAUUAUGCGUUUCUUAUCAACCGCUUUGCAGCAAUGGUUACGACUAUGAUCAACGGUAUGGACAAUGUGUUAAACAUGAUAAGCGGCCUGCUGUAUGUGAGAGUGGAUUCUCAUUGCAAGGUGGAUUAUGUGUUGCUAAUGUGAGUAGUUGUGGUCCAGGGUAUACGAUAGAUAAUGGAGAAUGUGUGCGUGAAGAACAGCGUCCCGGACGUUGUCCGGCAGGCAGCCGCUUGCAAAACGGGUUAUGCAUCCAUUCUGAACCACUCUGUGAAUACGGGUUCGAACAAAGUGAAGGUGUUUGUUUAAAAUACAACAAGAAAGACCCAAUUUGUCCGAGUGGUUCGUACUACAAGGCAGGCUAUUGUCGUCUUCAAAACGUUGGCUGUCGGCCGGGCUUCCAGCUUAGAGACUCCCAGUGUGUCAAAGAAACAUCCGCUGUACCAGAAUGUCCUGUUGGAUUUAUCUACAGGCGUGGCUACUGUUUGUCACGACCGGUCUGCGAGGACAAUUAUACCUUGGAAAAGGGAUUUUGCAGACAACAAAUUGUAGGUUCUACAACCUGUCCAACAGGAUCUGUUUUGCAGAAUGGGUUAUGUGUCAGCGACGACGUAGAAUGUUUGGCUGGUUUUGAAUUACGGGGUGGAAGUUGUGAACGAAUUCAUGAAGUAAGUUCAACAUGUCCUCCUGAAGCUACCUACCAUAACGGGCAGUGCACUGUAAGAAGAACACCCACGUGUCCACUCGGAGCAGUGCUGGUCAAUGGUCAAUGUCAUAUCCAUGAAUCAAUGGCACCGAGCUGUCCUUCUGGAUAUCUUUUCCAGAACGGUAUGUGCUUGCAACAUGCUCCGAUAAUGCCAUCACCCUGUGCUAGUGGAUGCUUGCAACAACCGCAACCUUGUGCUUCAAACUGGAUGUGCAAUGUCCAACAGCAGUGCGGAUCAUGUUGGCAGCAGGGCUAUCCACAAUACCAACAAAAUGCAAUAUCACCAGUGUGUCGUCCAGGAUUCACAAUGACCAACGGUAUGUGCACCAUAUCAGUCACCAGACCAAUGGAAUGUCCAUCUGGCUUUGUACUUACGGAUAAUGAAUGUGUUCUAAAUCUUCCGAUGACAUGCGGGUCAGGCGCCAUUUUUGAAAACGGUCGUUGCGUUCGUCGGGAAUCUAUGCAAGGAAAUUGUCGUGCCGGAUUCCAAAUGAAGAAUAAUCGUUGCAUCUAUAUGCAUCCUGACUGUAGUUCAGGUUAUCGUCUGAUAGACGGCAAAUGUGUUAAAAUACUGGAAAGAAUAACAACCUGCCCUCCUGGUAGUAAGAGGUAUAAAAACUUUUGUGCUGUUCAGCCAAUAUGCCAUUCUGGAUUAAAGCUACGUGAUGACGUUUGCUAUCAGGUAGAGUACGACGUUCCACGUUGUCCUGCCGGUUAUAUUGUUGAGGGUGAUUCCUGUGUAGCUGCAUUCCAAUGUGCCGAAGGAUACAGGUUCGAUAGAGACGUUUGUGUGCAGGUUGAGCAGAUGUCUUUGAAAUGCCCUCCCGAUACAAGACAAAUAGAUAACUACUGCGUUUUAUCUGGUCCAACUUGUGACCCAGGCUUCGAAAUGACCAAAGGGGUAUGCGCGAAAGUAUAUCGACAACCUGUUUCUUGUCCAUCAAAUAGCCGUUAUCAGCAAGGAGUAUGCAUUACGUCACCUCGAUGCCCGGUUGGUUAUCAAAUGAUAUCUGGCCAAUGUUCUCGGUCAGAGCAAUUACCCACUCAAUGCCCCCCAGAUUUCUACAUUGACCAGAAUCGAUGUGUUUCAAAGGAGGUCAUCUGUCCAAUCGGUUAUCAAAUCAAUCGGGGACAGUGUUUACGAGAAACUUACGAAACUCUGUCAUGCCCGGAGGGUACGACGCUUCGUGAUAACCUUUGUAUAGCCGGACAACCAAUAUGCUCACCUGGUUUCAAAGCAGAAAACAGUCAAUGUGUAAAACACAUUUACCAAAUGCCACGUUGUCCUUCGGAAACUGUGAUGAUCGAUAAUAGCUGUGUAAGACAUCCAGUAUGUCCAACUGACUACCGAUUCAUCAACGGUAGAUGUUCCAGGAGCCUUUACGCUACAGUCAAUUGCAAUUCUGGAACGCAACUAAACGGUAGAUGUGUUGCUCCUGGACCAAACUGUCCCGAUAAUUACCAGUUUGUUGAUAAUCGUUGCAUUCGUAAGGAGUUUACCAAUCCAACAUGUCCCUUGGGAUCUAGACCACAACAGCAGUAUUGCGUAGUAGACACGCUUAAGUGUCCUUCGGGAUACGAGCAUGCAAACUCCAUGUGCUUGAGAACAUCUACAGUGGACGCCAUUUGCCCAAAGGAUCACUAUGCUAGGAAUGGUCGUUGCGAAGCUGAACGCUACACCCACGUACUUGUUUGCAGUCAAGGAUUUAGCCUAGUAAUGAACAAAUGUGUCAAAACACUUUACGCACCACUUUCUUGUCCUGCCGACUACAUGUUAGAAAAUAAUGUAUGUGUGAAAACAGUCAGCCAAAUUGCUGAUAUUACACAACCAAUUCAAGCUAGUUAUAUACCACCGAGUAACCAAGUGUUUGUUAACACCAAUAUACCAGUACCUGGUUAUUCUGCAACAUACAAUAGCCAGUAUAACCUUGUGUCGCACGAAAAAAAUGCCUCUUCUAUAAUAACUACCGAGCCGCACCAUGAACCGGAUAUAUUUGACUCGUUCUUCGAAGAUCUGCCCAGCCCAGGACUAGCGGUACACAACAUUGUAGGAGUCACCGAGACUUACCAAUCCGGGUCAUUUGGUACUUCGGUUUCCACACACAACAGGGAAACAUUCGGUGUCAUUACAACAGAACCCUCGAAAUUAGUAGAAAGUACUGCUCCGCUACUAAAUUGUACGGUGUAUUCACCAAAGAUUUGUACUCUCGUGGAUGACGCAUGGGAAUGCAGUCACACUGCAUUCGAAGAGGUACACAGCCGUUAUUGCCGUGAGGAUGGCGGAUUGCUAUAUCUAAAGCUUAACAAAACCCACUACGAUAGCGAAAGCGACACACUAAUCAUCGCUGCAGUUGAUCGUGUCGCCACAAAUGGAAAUGGAAAUGGAAAUGGAAAUGAUGAAGAUGAGGAGAUGGACUACGACGAUGAGCUGGAUUGCUCUAGUUGUAUCGAAGGUGAGUACACUUGUUCAACAGGAUGUUACACCUACGACUGCGAAGACGAAUGCCUCAUGAUCGAUGUUAAUGAUUUUUGUGGAGAGUUCCCUAAGCCUGAAAAUGGUUGCUCUUGGAAAGACGGUUGCCGAGGUAGUAACUGUACCGAAUAA